AUGGAAGUACAUGAACUUUCAUGUUCGCGGUGCAGAUGGACAAUUGAUAACUUUUCGAAGCUUGAUAACAAGAAGCUCUAUUCGGAUAUUUUCUCUACAGGAGGCUACAAAUGGAGGAUAGUGAUUGUCCCUAAGUACAACGUUGAUUAUUUGUCAAUAUAUCUCUUUGUUCCUGGUUUGGCAACCUUGCCUAAAGGAUGGUCUAGAGAUGCCCAGUUUAGCUUUUCUGUCAUAAAUCAGAUUGAUAGCAAAAACACAAUCAAAAUAGAUACACAACAUGUAUUCAAAGCAAAUACAUGCAUUAUUGAAGCAGAGGUAAGGUUGAAGAGAAACGAAGAAGAUGGAGCACGCCUCGAUACUGUCAAAAAGUCUGUUGAAGCUCAGGAGGAACAAUCUAAGGAUUCCAAGCCACCUGAGCACUCUCUGAUAUCAGUUAAUGUGCCUCUGCCCCCAGAGCAAUCAAAACCCUCAGCCAAAAUUAAAGAACAGUCGGAACAAGAACCUGUUCUGGAGAAAACUAGAGUUCGUACUCAGACUAAAGAUGAUCCCUUUCGCAAUAAUGAAAAUCCUGUUACUCGCUCAACAGUACUGGAAAGUGAGGAAGUUUCAACUCUUAAGGUGGAGGAUACACAAGAAGAAACUAAAAUGGUCGUGACCGGCCAAUCCCUCCCUCUUGUCAAUCAGUCAAGUGCAGAGCCUCCCGGGGAGCCAACUGUUGUAGAAGCAGGAAAAAGAUCCUCUUCAUUUGCUGAAUUUGAUAAGUUAUUUACUGACAUUCAAAAUCUAUUGGGAGGAGAGAGUUCGAAGGCAGAAAAUUUCAGCAGCCUUUUCCCACCUUCAUGUAGUGUUGAGGAGAUUGCCGAUGCGAAGAAAUUCUUAAGACAAUGCCUCAAUAUGAGUCUUGCUAGUGUCAUCCAAUUGGACAAAGCUCCUGAGCUAAAGAAUUCACUUGCUAUCAUGCUAACUACCGGUAGGUUUCCUAGUAACAUGGUAGACAGGACAACCAAGUUUCUAGCCGACAUUGACAAAAGUUGUGAGACGUAUGAAUCAGCAAAGCAAGACAUAAGUGUGGCCCAAGAGGAUGAAAAGGCUGUAGGUGAGCUGAAGACCGCUCUGAACCAAUUGUUUUCAGAGUUCAUACCUCUAAGGAAUCAAGCUGAGACUGUUGAUCGAGAAAUAGCUAAGCUAGAGAAACAAAUGGCUGAAAGGAAGGCGAAGAAGGCGCAGCUUAGUAAGAGACUUGAAGAUUUGGCUGGUCGAGCAACUACUUCAAAAAAGGCAGUGGUCAGUGCUGAAGAGAAGAUGAGGCUGUCUGCCGUCAAGAAGGAACAAGCAGAGAAGAAGAUUGGUGACAUGGAAAGGUCAUGGGAAUCUUUGAAGGUUGAUUGUUCUCAAUCGCUUUAGUAAAUUUGAUGGACAUGUGAGGAUUGGGAACACGCUAUUUCGAGCUUCUUUUUGGAAAAGUACUCUCUUUUGGAGAAGUGUGGACGUGCAACAGCUAGUUAAACGUUCCCCAACUGGGAAAAUACUUUCUUUCGGAUAUUCAUAUAAAGCAUAAACUUUGUACGUAUUUUUAUAUUUCCUCUUCUUGCCUUUCCAUGCUUUGUUCUUGUCCUUUGAUGGCCAAUUUUGCAUAUUGGACCAUCGACUUCUUAAUAUCUUAUGUACAACGUUGUGGAUGAUUUCAGGAAUUAUAUUUACAUAUCUAAAGGUGCUUAGUAGGUUG